GAUGUUAUUUUCCGCAGAGAGACUGUCAGUUUCAGUGACCUCGGCAUGGCGACGUUGGGCUUUUAAGGCUUUCAGCUCACUGUUCCGGGGACAGGUUUGUGUUCUCAGAUUGUUUUGCUCAUAGAUAAGUGAGAUUAAUAAGUGAGAUUAAUGUAUAAACGUAAAGAAUCAGAAUGAGUUCGGUGAGUUCGGCCUCGGUGUGAGGAGUGCGCUGUGCUGGUCGCUGCUUGAACAGGUGUCUCUGCAAUACAAGGAUGCAUUUUCUGAUCGUUAACGUCACUGAAAUGAAGGCAUGACCAUUAUAUGGCUUUCAGAUUCAUAUUUAUUGUCUCUGAAUAAGGCAAUACAUUUGUGGUACACACAAGGCCAGAGGUUUGUGACUCUUUCAGUCUCACCAUUCUAUAAUUCAUUUGGCCAAAUUAAUUUCAAAAGGCCUCUGAACUACAGAAUCCGAGAUUUCCACCAUAACUGGAAGCACAGCCAGAAGAGCAGUAUUUGGAGACUAUGUCCAUGCCGAGUUAGUUCCUUCAAGCACAAGGAUUUGCUGUACACCAGCAUUUCCAGUUUCAGUACCUCAGCCUGCCUCGGUUCCUUUAACCAGAGCUAUCAUAUGUCCCGACUCAAGAACACGUUGGAAUCUGUAUCGAAAGCCGUGAGUGGGACGCAAGCAGAGAUUUUCUCCAGGAUAGCGCGACUCAAACCCAGUUCCAGAGACAGCGCUGUAGGUGCAGAGACGACACCUGUUCAGGAUCAGAGGAAUGGAUCAGCUUUGGCUACAUCUACACCAACGCUUGUAUCUCAGCCUCAAUCGUCACCUUCAACCUCACCAUCGAACACAAGUAUUCCUGAGACCUCUGUCCCAGUUCAGUAUGUCCAAGCAGAAGUAAAAUCAAAGAACUCUCAGUCUCGUACCAGUAAACCAUACGGACCAGCUACAACCACAGCAUCAAAAUCAGCACCUCCACCUCCCAGCUUCACAUCCUCCAGACAGACUACACAUCUCUUCCACCCGGGUUCUUUUAGUGUCAACUUGGAUGAGACCUAUAAUUCCCUGGCGCACCACGUAAACUCUUAUUUUAGCAGCUUUACUAUGGAUCAAGAAAAGAAGAACGAGGCAAAAGAUUGUUCCGACCAGUCAUCCACUUGCACACCUGACCCGUGCCACCAGAGCGCUGAGGACACACCUUCUCAUCUGCAUGUAAAGGACCAGACACCGACUGAAAUAUCUGCUCCAGUCCCAGGUUCUGCCUCCUCAUCUAAAAAAGGCCUCGGACAUUACCUGACGUACAAGCCUACCGUCCAGGCAUUUGUAGGGAACUACAUUGCCCCCCUAGUUCCCAGGUUUAGGACGGAACCAAAACAUGCAUUACCAGAAACGGAUAAAAGUCUUCCUCCUGAAGACACUGCUUCAAAACCAAACGAAGUGGUGGAGAAUAAGGAGCAGAAAGCCGCAGAGGAAAAGGCCAGGAGACUACUGCUUCAAAGAGAGAAGAUCAUUGCCCGGGUGAGUGUGGAUAAUCGGACACGAGCUCUGGUCCAAGCCCUGCGUAGAGCGUCAGAUGUGCGGCUUUAUAUCAGCAGGGUGGAGGAGCUGAGCUACCAUCUGUUGGAGUUCCCUGAGACCAGGCUGGUGGCUGUCAAAGAGAAGGUGAUUCCUUGCUUGCUGCGCCUGAGGCAGGCUAAUGAUCCAUCUCUAAAGGCAGCAGUCAGAGAGGCCCUCACUCUGGUGGGCUAUGUUGACCCGGUGAAGGGCAGGGGGAUUCGCAUACUGUCCAUCGAUGGUGGAGGCACAAGAGGACUAGUCGCCCUUCAGACUUUACAAAAACUGGAAGAGAUGUCAGGAAAAUCAAUUUACCAGCUUUUUGAUUACAUUUGUGGUGUGAGUACAGGUGCAAUAUUAGGCUUCAUGUUGGGUGUAUAUCAUAUUCCCCUGAGUGAGUGUGAGGAGCUGUACAGAAAGCUGGGCUCUGAUGUCUUCAGGCAGAAUGUCAUUGUGGGUACCAUGAAGAUGGGCUGGAAUCACGCCUUCUAUGACAGCGAGAUCUGGGAGAAAGUUCUGAAAGAAAGACUGGGCUCCGACCUUCUGGUUGAAACCUCAAGAAACCCUGAUUGUCCUAAAGUGGCAGCAGUGAGUACGAUAGUAAAUAAGGGCACGUCAUUAAAGGCAUACGUAUUCAGGAACUACAACUUGCCAGUAGGCGUGCGUUCGCACUACAGAGGCGGCUGCCAGCACAAGCUCUGGGAGGCCAUCCGAGCUUCCUCAGCUGCUCCUGGGUACUUCCAGGAGUUUGCACUGGGCACUGACUUGCAUCAGGAUGGCGGUUUGCUAAUAAACAACCCAACAGCUCUGGCAAUCCAUGAAUGCCAGUGUCUGUGGCCGGGCACCCCGCUGCAGUGUGUUGUUUCUUUGGGCACAGGACGCUUCGAAUCAGCCAGCAAGAACACUGCCACCUACACAAGCCUGAAGACCAAACUAACCCACGUCAUCAGCAGUGCAACAGACACAGAGGAGGUGCACACCAUGUUGGAUGCCCUGCUGCCUCCCAACACAUAUUUCCGCUUUAACCCUUAUAUGACCGAGGACGUGGCUCUGGAUGAGAGCCGCAGCGAAAAACUGAACCAGCUGCUGGUAGAGGGCGUGAGAUACCUCGAGCGCAAUGAGGAGAAGUUGAAGCUAGCAGCGCACAUGCUCACGCAGGAGAAGAGCUAUGCUCAGAGGCUGCUCGAAUGGUUCCAUCUCAAAUCACACAUGUACGGUGACCUUCCAGUUAUUUCAAAAUUAUAGACAAAAUUAUGUCACGGAAUAAAUGGAUGGCACUUCCUGUGGUCUAUGACUAGAGUGGUAUCCUGGGCACAAAUGCUGAAAUUCCUUCCGAACGAAGUUCUAGUAUGAAACAUACUGUUGCUAUAAGGGUGAUGCAUAAUAUUUGCCAAAAUUAUGACCAUGUAUCUAAAUGCAUGCAUUAUUUAUAAUCCUAAAAGCACUUCCUGCCAAGAUCUGCAGGACAUGCUGAUAUUUAAAAAAAACAAAAAAAAAACUUAGCCAACAUUUGUUAUUGACUCUAUAAAGACAGAAUCUGCUAAGAAUGGGUAGAACAGCUGCUAUAUCACUGGUUCAUAAUCAUUUGGGGAAAACUAGCACAUUUUUAGGGAAUUGUCCAAGAAACAAGCUAGCUUACGUUCAUAUAGACUUCCAUAAUGGGGCGGCACGGUGGUGUAGUGGUUAGCGCUGUCGCCUCACAGCAAGAAGGUCCGGGUUCAAGCCCCGGGGCCGGCGGGGGCCUUUCUGUGUGGAGUUUGCAUGUUCUCCCCGUGUCCGCGUGGGUUUCCUCCGGGUGCUCCGGUUUCCCCCACAGUCCAAAGACAUGCAGGUUAGGUUAACUGGUGACUCUAAAUUGACCGUAGGUGUGAAUGGUUGUCUGUGUCUAUGUGUCAGCCCUGUGAUGACCUGGUGACUUGUCCAGGGUGUACCCCGCCUUUCACCCGUAGUCAGCUGGGAUAGGCUCCAGCUUGCCUGCGACCCUGUAGAACAGGAUAAAGCGGCUAGAGAUAAUGACAUGAGAUGAGACUUCCAUAACAAAUAUUUCAGUUCAGGUCGUUGGCAACAAGUAGAAAUUUGACACAAAUCCCAGUUAGAUACAUUUGCAAAAGUUUAAUGAUAAUUUCAUUAUUUUUUUUUUUGAUGAGAAAAUUGCACAGAUCUGGUUUAUGUUCUAUAUAAACGUACAUAAUAUUUUAAACAGGCAGCAUUGAUCCUCUGAUCACAGAUCAGUGUUGUAUUACCGAAUCUGGAGAAUUCAGUUUUCACAGACUGAGACUUUUAUUUUGGGUGCAUUUUACACAACCAGAACAAUCUCAGACACUAACGUUUGUUUUCCACAUCAUAUUUCUUCAUUAAGAGCUUAAUAAAUAAAUUAUAAUAAUAAUUUUUUUUAAACUGACCACUAGAUCAUUGAUCAUUAGCCUCCAUUUUGUGCCUAAAAAAUACACUGUUGUAAACAAUACACUUAAAUGUGCAUUUAGAAGUUUACGUAGAUAGACUUUGAAAGUAUUCCAGUCUUUCAUCUUACUUUGUGUGGAAGAAGUUUUAAUUGAAUUGAAGCUCUUUUUCUUUUCUUUUUUUAAUCGUAUAGUUAAUUGUUAUUUCAUCGAAAGACAAUUGUGCAAUCGGAGGUUAAAUAUCUUCCAUCAGGACUAAUGGAGUUGAUAAAUAUUAUGUUUUAAAAUGUUUGAGGUUCAGUGGAAAUUCCCAUUACAGUGCUGAUAGAGUGAAAACAUUGACAUCAUUAGUGCUAUUUAUUGAUUUUUUUUUUAAUUACUUCUGCUGGUUUGUAAUAUAAAAUGCUGGCCUGUGUCAUACAGGGCGGGGCGUAAUCUGUUCAUACUGAUCAGCUCUAUAAAUGACUGGCAUGUGUGAUGACUGUACUCAAGUCAAUGCGAGGAUCAAGAAAGUGCACAGUGUUUGAGGUGUAACUGAAAUUUGGGAAGCAGUUUAAAAAAAACAACACUAAUUUGCGUGGAUUUCAAAUGUCGGAUUCUAGAUAAUUUAUAAGGAAAAGAUUCAUUUGCACCAAAGCAUCUCAGCUUGAGAUAUGGUUUGGCAUUUUUCAGGUUGGAGGCACAAAUUAAAGGGUAACCUAAUAAAAGGGAUAUACAAUAUAUAAUGAAAAAGAACUAUACUUGUGAAUUGUUGAACCUUACUGUAUGUUUUGUUUCAAGUAAUUUCGCGCACUCCUUGAAUCCUAGCGAAAACCGCUUUUGUAGUUUAAGCCUCAACAUUUCUAAACACUUUUCCAAUCCUGUUGUCUGCUCUGGUUCUCUCCAUGUGUGCUGCUGUGUGCAGGUUGUGUUGUACAUGUUAGUCAUAGUCAUGACUUAAAAAGAAUGAAUCCUUGUGCAAGCUAUGACCGCAGCUGUUUGGACUGACUGGUUUGACUGGUCAGCAUGAGAGCGUAACAUUUCUGAGCAGGUUAUUCCUUCUGUCCAUACUGAUCGAGUGAUGCUUGUACCUGGCUCAUACCAUGUAAACAAAUUUCACUGAUAAAAUCAAGACAUUUUAAAUGAAAGGUAAACAAAAAGGUACAUUCUGUUAUGCAAAUGUUAUGUCAUGGUGUCUAAAGGGAAGUGAUGAAUACAAUGGAAAAGAUGUGGAAAAAAAGUUUGAUGUUUUAUUGCCUGUAUUGUUUAUUCUGCAACCUCUUGCUCACAAAGAAUAAGUGAUGUAAUUUAAAAAAAAUAAUAACAUUACAAACUAUUU